UUCCAAUGUGUACGCGAAAAACCUCCUUCAAACGAUCAUACCACGAAUGCGAUUAUCUGUCACACUCAAUCAAUUCUAUCACGCGUCUAAUCGGGUGCAACUCUUGCUUGUUACGUUUGCUGUAUUUUUUUUUUUAAUUAUUUUAUUUCCCUCCACCCUGUCAUGUUUUCUGCGUCAUGAUGCUCUUCUGCCGUUCGCAAGGAUGGCAGGAUUGCUGGAGCAGGAAACUGGCUGGCUGGUUUAAAAAUAAAAUCGAGCUUACCCAGGGAAAAUUCCCGAACCGCGUCGUCAUGGACCCACACACACACACACACACACACACACACACACACACACACACACACACACACACACACACACACACACACACACACACACACACACACACACACACACACACACACACACACACACACGCGCGCGCGCGCGCGCGCCUGUACACGAUAUGCAACAGGUUGCACUGAUCCUCGUCGAGCGAUUUUAGCGAGUCUGCUGGUUUGUUUGCAAACCAGCCUCGGCUAUCAAUUGCAGAUGGUGUUUGCGUUUGGUGAGCUUCUGCUAAAAGCUUCUGUUCUGCCCGCGCGCCUUUUUCGACAUCUCCAGGAGGUAAUGGAGGAGCGGCAGGGAGGGAUUGAUUGUGUUCCCGCGGCUGCUAAUGGAUUGUGACAGGCGCGCGUACGCGCUUUGUUUGAUACUUUUCUUUCUGUCCGGGAGCCCAGUAAUGGUUUGAUUUUGUAGCGACAUUGCGACAUGUGUCUGUGUGCCUGUGGCGCUCCAUUGCGGAAAAUGGACGACGGUUGCGGUUUGUUUUCAUUGAUUGUUAUUUAUUUCACCACGAGCGGCUUCGUUUGAAAUUGUAAUCAAUGUUUUAUUUUAGUUUUUAAUUAUUAUUCUUAUAUUAAUCGAACGCAUUUAUAAAGCCAAACGACAAAGCUUGCGCUCCGUAGUCAAUAGCUAUGAAUUAAUUUUUACUGUCAAUUAUAAUCGAAAUAUGCGAAAUAGUCUCCAUUUAGAAGCCAGUUGAAUCUGUCUAUAAUCGUUCCGGAGCGUUCACUCAAUUUUCAACAAAUCUCGGUAUUCGGUGCUCGGUUUAAUUACUUCUAUUUCUGUCAAGUGUAUCAAGAAAGUGCAGAUUUAAGUGCAAAGUAAGCUAGAAAGAACCCUAAUGAAAAUGACGGCCUUUUGGCAGGCUCUGUGCAAAAAGUGUCUAAAAUCUAAAAUAAAACUUAUGUAAAAUAAAACAUGCGAUUCUUUCACUUGGUGUGGAAGCUUGACUGUGUUGAGGUUUUACUGGAGUCUAUGUCUCACUUAUGUUCACGGUUCGCAAGCUUUUUUGAUUUGGUCAUGUAGGCGGAUUCUGUCAAUUAAAAUUUAGAUAUUCAAUGCUGUUGUAUCCCGGUUUUACGACCUCUAAAAGCCGGGUACGCUUCCAAGCGAAGCUUUUGUGCGCCGAAGCCCACCGAAGCACCGACGGUCCUUGUCCACUAUUGGACUGUUUCGCUGCCGGCUCGUUCAUCGUUCGUGCCGGUAGUGAGCCCAUAAAUUUGCCAAUUGGAAUUUCAGUCAAAAUGCAAUUUUGAAGAAUGCGACGUUUAUUCUAGACUGUCCGCCAUGACCCAGAACGCCAAACUGCGCUUGAAACGUUUACAGCACGCAUCAAAGGUAUGUUUGCUUUGGAGGAUUGGGUUGCGAUAGAAAAUUCUAAUUAACGUGAGCGAGAUGGCGAGCAAAAUUAUGUGUGGCGAGUUUCACACGAGUUCGAUGGAUGAAUGAUGACCAAAGAUGCGCAGGCAAUGUGACUGUGACGGACACACAUAUGGUGCUUUUUUUGUCGUUUCUCCCGUGUCGGCUGAACCCGUCCUGGAAGCUUUGUAAAUCAUGCUGUUUUAUGAUCCACAUUCGGCGGGGUCUGCUCGGAGCAAUUUUGCGAAGCAUGGCCAUAAAAGUCGUCCAGAUUUAAUGCUUUUAAUUUAUAUUUUUGCUUAAGUUUCGCAAAAAUAUCAGCUUUAGCAAAAAUCAGCAAACAAGCUCAAAUUCAACUUUACACUUUGUCCCAGAACUCUUUUCUGUUUUUUUUUUUGUGUGUCAGAUUCCUAGCAGCAGACAAAUGCAUAGAAAAGGAAGAGUUGAGCAUCCGUUCUUGAUUUUUAUUUUCUAAUGCCACUGCCACUCUCAACUACAUUUCCCAUCACUUUCUAUCGCUCUGUAGUGCGCACGAUUCACACCUUCGCUAUCGUCUCUAGGUGCAUUGAAAUUCCGCCCGCUUGCACCGAGGGAACUAGGAAGGUAUCCUGCGACGGAGGCUAUUGUUUUUACCUCGUCCUUUUAAGUUAGUGGUCGCCAUGUUCAAGUUCAAGUGUUUAUGGGUGCUUUAUUUGAAUUUCUUUUUGUAAAAGGUUUUUGGGUGAACUCUGGGGGUGAAGCCCUUCUCGGUGGCCGUAUGGGUGUGUAGAAACGCAACACCCCCUCUCCGCGCAUAGAGACACGCAUUAGACGGUGAUCAAAUUUUAGGGGUGACCCAACACACGACACGGCCCCGAAUGUGCUUCGCGAUUUGUCUCUCCGUUCGGCCAUUAAAUUCCUCGCAAGCGUUUGCCUGUGUGGUGGAGGAGGGGCAGGGCUAAACAUUACGGUAGGAUGGUAAAUACUUGUGCGAGUUCACUAGAGAUAGAGUCAGUGGCAAGAAUAAUGGCUGCCAACCGACUGUAGUUGAGUUGUUGCGCUUAGACAAUUAAUGGUCCUUCGAACCGGAUUUUGUUUUAGUUUUGCGGCUGUUGGAUGUUAAUUAUUGUUUGGUGGUUAAACUUAUUCAAUUUUUCAACAUGGCAUUUCAAACCUUUGCCGCGGUCACCAGCAACGCUGGCAUCUACUGGCUAAUGCACGCAUCUAGUACGAGUUUGCGUGUAUUCUUAUCAGCAUCUAACGUUCACACCCCUGUCACGGAUUAAUCGCUUUAUCUCGAAUAAGAGCGUUUGUGCAUUCUUUGCUGCCUCGCCGACAAUUAGCUAGACAUAAUUGUCGUUUAAUGUUGGUGCCAGUGGUAUCGAGGUGAUAAUCGGCCGUGACAAAGUUUGCCCCCAUUCGUCACACAUCCAUGUAGCUAGUCAACCGACCCGCUCUAGACGGGUGCCGACCGGCUAGGCCCUACUGUUUGCACUUUCGCACAUUCGCUUCUGUGGACGACAUUUUAAAAAUAGUCCGUGAAGCUGCGUUUCAAACGAAGCCGAUCCCGUUCCCCAUUCUCCCCCUCUCCCUCUUCAUCCACUCCUGCCAAGGCCAGAGAUAGCAAUGCACGUGUGAACACCUGGAAAAUGUUCGCUAGCGAAUGGGAAGAAGUAGCGUAAGGGAGAAGUCUCCAAACGAAGCUUCUGGGAACUCUGUGUCUUAUUGCUGUGUUUCCCUCUAUCCGUGUCGAAUAGCGAGCACAUGGUGUGGCGUACUGGUAUAGUGGCGCAAAAUUAUCCAAAGCAAUUGCUAUUGCAGGAAUCGAUUGCAAAUGCACCCUGCGCGUCGAUGUUGGCAACUUGUUGCAUGUCUGAUUUCACCCUUUUGGUGGCUCAAACGGCAGCACACGAUAAUGAAAACGUCGCGACGGGUGAUUAGGGCCGGAAAAUAGGCAUCGUGUCCUGUUUGUAUAUUGAAAGUGUAGUAAAGUGAAGUUGACAGGAAUCAUUAGCACAUUAUUGGGCCUAUUUUGUGAGUCAAAUGGAAAAGUGUCAAACAAACCGAAAUUUUACGACCAAUAUGCGACAUGAGUGUUACAGAUACGUGUCGAAAAUGCUGAUUUGCUAUUAUGAUCAUGAAAAAAAUCAAGAAAUCACUAAAAAGUUUGUAAAACACCAAAUUUUGUCCGUUAGUCCAGGUAGGUUUUGCUUGACUCACAUAAUUGGCCCUUAUAUAUAUUUGUUGUUGUUGAUAUCAGUACCACACAUCCGGCAAGCUAUUGUGCGUUGGUAGGCACGUUUUGGUCGCGUCUAGAAGAUCCGGUGGAGAAAGGGCGUCGAAACCAAUUCUUUGAUUUGCAUUUUCUGGAAGCUCCAGAAGGUAAAGAAGCGAAAAUACAAUCUUGAUGGUGUAUGACUUCCGCGAGUUUGUAUGUUUCAGCAGUUGCAGAGUGAUCGGUGUUGGGUUUGGAGUUGUCUUACCGAUUUGAUUUGUUGACGUUACAGGAUGUAAGUAUCAUUCUCUUGGGCCUGUCGGGGCGAUAAUCGGGAUAGAGCCAAGUUUUUUUUUACAAACAAAUGAAUCACGCUUUCCAAGAUAUCAAAACACAACUGCCAACGGUGUUGGCACAAUGUAACCUUGACAUAGUAGUGCCAUCAGAUCAUGCGCAUCGGAGCCUCAUGCGAACACCACGUACAGAUAUAAUACCAAUGCUUUGGGAAAGUUUCAAAAAAUACAUAUUCUUCUUUCGUUUUUGUUUGUUUGUUCAAAAGGAUGUUUCUGUUCGUCUGUUCCUUGCUGCUACGGUACCUUUUUGGCUUCCCUUUUUUGUUUUGCACCCCAUCCUCCCACCUUUUCACUUGCCGAUAAGCCUAAGGUACGCUGUUUUCCUUUCUUCUGUCUUCCCAGCGAAAAAAACUCUCCCCUUUCGCCACUUCGAACUCGGAUACUUUCCAUUCAUAUCCACACCCCAACCCCCGGAGUUGCAUGUCUCUCGCUUUGUGCGUGUGCAGGUGCAUGUGUGUGUGUGUGUCUCUGCGCGUCUGUCCGUUUUCAAACCGACUAGAAAAUGCUGCUUGUUGUGUCGUUAUGCGUUACUUGAUGUGGAGGGCGUUUUUUUUCCUGCAACAGUUCACACGGCCACAACGCAACUGAUGACGUGCCGGUCUGGUUGCAGCUGGUGGCACCCUGCCCCCUUCCCGCCCCUUCCCCACCUCUCUCUCCCUCUUGCACACACACACACACUGUGUCACUCGUUUGUUCGGAUGCUGUGCGGUCACGGGCUGGGUGUCUGGGCGCGCGCAUGCGCGCGAAAACUGCCACAACUCGUCGCAUUUGCGCGUACUCUAGUUUGCGGCUGACCGAAGCGGCGGGCGCGAAGAGACGCACAAUACACACCGCCUCUCCGGCUGGCGGUGGUGGUCCGCUUCUCGCGCUUUGGGUGUUCCGAAUGGCUGCAGCCGUGCCCUGUCGACAUCUUUCCACACCAGUCUAGCGUCCUGUAGAGCGGGGGGAAAUAAAAAAGAAAAGAACCGGAUGCGCAACCGCUCCUUCUGUUUCGGACGCUUCUUCAAACCAGACCUUGCUUACCGGCCUGUUCUCCACGCCACGGCGCCCACCAGGGGUUGCUUGUGGUGUUGUUUGGGCCGUCCUCACCGUUUCGGACUAAACCAAUUUUUUGAAUGGCAACAUUUUGCCCCCCAAACACGAGUGCGCGCGCGCGCGCUCAUCGUCGAAUGCGCGUUGCGCGUUCCCUUGCAAAAUCAGAUGAUUGAUUUUGGUUUACUGUCGUUGUUGCUGUUGUUGUUGUUGUUGUUGUUGUUAAUGUAAACUACAACCGUACAGAAAAGCAAAAAUAAAAUCAGGCUGGGAGGCGGAAGGAGGAGGUAUUUGAUUCACGGCGGGGCGGGGUUGUCGAAGCAGGGUGUGGAUUUCUAUUAUGGGAAAGGAUUCACACAUCGGUCGCCCAACCAUUAUUUUUAGUUCGUCUGCAUUUGCCAUCCCCGUUCACUCUGGUUUUAUUACCACCCCCAUCGCCCCUCUCCCAACCCCUUAUAUUCUAACCACUGGUCGACCACCGUCGUUAGUUUUGGAAGGGUAAAUUGCUAACCGCUUCUUUAUUUCGUUUCACCAGAAUGGGCAGCGGGUGUAUCAUUUGGGGGUGGCUCUCUUCGGCUCCCAACUUAAAAUCGGUUGAGGUAGAAACAAAAUCAUUUCCCCGAAUGCCCCUUUCGCUCUCCAACACACAAAACAAACCAGAUUGUGAUGACGCAAGGUUUGAUGCUGAGAAGGGGGGUUGUUCGAUCGAUUUUUUUCCUGAUUUUCCACAGCGCUUGCGGGAGGAUGGGAGGGAACGCAGAUAGCGGAAAUUCGUAUUUUUAUUCCACCAAUUUUAAACCCGCUCGCGCACACUCUCACUCUCUAUUUCUCUCAAUAUCUACCGAUCUGCUACUAUAGGAUCGACUUUUUUUUAAAGGCAACUCGCUCGCCUGCCCCCUUUCUCUCUCUCUCUCUCUCUCUCUCUCUCUCUUUUUUUCGAUCGAUCGAUUGUGUAUCGUGCUGUCUACAAAAAUAAAAAAAGAAAAGCCACUCUAUCUCAAGGACCUUGUCCGUUUUGCCCCUGUCUGUGUAUGUGUGUGUGUGUUGUUGCGCCGUUAGGGCAUACAAGUGUGAGUUUCUAAUUAGUUUUAGUCGAGUUGCGCAAAAGCGUUGCUUAGCUCUCUCUCUCUCUCUCUCUCUCUCUAUCUCUCUCUCUCUAUCUCUCUCUCUCUCUCUCUCUUUCUCUCUCUAUCUCUCUCUCCCUCUCUCUCUCUCUCUCUCUCUCUCUCUCUCUCUCUCUCUCUCUCUCUCUCUCUCUCUCUCUCUCUCUCUCUCUCUCUCUCUCUCUCUCUCUCUCUCUCUCUCUCGAUCCCUUUCCCAUGUUCUCCCUACGUUCUCCCUGUGUUCGAAAUCGAAAGACGAUUUUAUGACUUUUUUUUGUUGUUUUUGCCCUAGCGCACAGUGAGCACACGGCGUAGCACAAACAAAGCAAACAGCCGUAAGCACAACUUUUACCGGCAUGAUUUAAAAGAUAGUUGAUUAUAUCGGUGCCGCAUUUUCCGAACAGGGCCGAGAGAGGAACUCGGAUAUGAAAAGGGUAAAGGAAAAAUUGGACGAAAAAAAAACUCAAACGCAUCGUGUUAAUGGAAGAUUUUAUGCCAGCUUGCCGUAGCGCACAAACGAUCCUGUGCGGCGCACAACACCCGCCAAACCACGGGUUUAAUCUCCCUUACCCCCGCAAUGCGCUGCGCUUCGGCUUUUUGCCACAGGGGAGCGAGAGCGCGCGCGCGCGCGAUUCUUGCUCGGGGUAUUCGCGCGCUUCGCCAGCAGAAAAACAAACGGCUGAUCAACGCGCUCGCCAUAACAAGUGGCGAUACAACACACAAGUGUACGUGUGUGUGCGUGUGUGUUUAAUCGCUACCGAUCGUACGACUGGCUCAGUUUUUCCCAUCCUUUCAGUGUGCCGUUGGUGUUGUUUCAGUUAGUGAACGACAUUGAAAGUUUUCCUCGCGUCAGUUUUGCACAAGUGCCCUAAAUCAAACACGUGAACAGCAGCAGCAGCAGCAGUCACUCCGAGAACUGAACAUUGUCAUUGACGUUGACAACAUUGAACUGCAAGCCCGGGAACAGCAGCUGCAGCAACAAGCAGACUGGGAGCAACGUAGACUGCGGCAGGAGAUGCAGUUGCAAGAAGUGCGGCUUCGUCGACCAAUGCAGCAGCAGCAGCAGCAGCAGCAGCAGCAGCAGCAGCAGCAGCAGCAGCAGCAGCCGCUGCCGCAAAUGCCGCUCCAGCAGGAGGGGCAAAGGCUACAGGCGCGACUGCGAGGGCACCCUCCGGAGCUACCGGUGGCGCAAAACCAGGCAGCUAGACAACCGGAACAGGUGCAAUUGCGCCGCGACGUAGUAACGCAAAGCGAUAGCGAGCUGACCUAUGGUCCGGUGCGGAAUCAGCCGCCUCGUCGGCCAUCACCGGAGCUGCAGAUAUAUGAAGUGCAGCCGUAUGAGCUACGGCAACAACGGCUGCAGUAUCAGCAGCAGCAGGAGCAGCAAAUGUCGCUGCAACAGGAGGAGCAAUGGUUACAGGGACGGGCGCAAAUGCUUCAGGCACCGCAACCGGUAGGCAACGGGCAGCAGCAGCUGCAGAUGGCACAAAUGCAACAACAGCAUCAACAACAACAAAGUAUGGAGCAGCGGCAGGAGGACGAGCGACAGCAAAUGUUGCGUUCAUGGAUUCGGCAUCGGCUCCGAGAGCUGGAGCGGAAUGCAACAGUGGAAACCCAACAUCAAACACAGCAUCUAGAACAGCAUCAGCAACAACAACAACAGUUGGUUACGCAGCAGCAGCAGCAGGAGCAGCAGCAGCAGCAGCAGCAGCAGCAGCAGCAGCAGCAGCAGCAGCAGCAGCAGCAGCAGCAGCAGCAGCAGCAGCAGCAGCAGCAGCAGCAGCAGCAGCAGCAGCAGCAGCAGCAGCAGCAGCAGCAGCAGCAGCAGCAGCAGCAGCAGCAGCAGCAGCAGCAGCAGCAGCAGCAGCAGCAGCAGCAGCAGCAGCAGCAGCAGCUACUGCAGCAGCAACCUGUAAAACAACAGUUGCAGAAACAAAAACAACAACAGAGACAACAAGAACAAUUACGGCAGCAGCAGCAACAGCAGCAGGAACUGCAGCAGCAACAGCAGCAGCAGCAACAACAGCAGCAGGAACUGCAGCAGCAACAGCAGCAGCAGCAACAACAGCAACAACAGCAGCAUCAGCAGCAGCAGCAGCAGCAGCAGCAACAGCAGCAGCAGCAGCAGCAGCAGCAGCAGCAGCAGCAGCAGCAGCAGCAGCAGCAGCAGCAGCAACAACAACCACAACAACAACCACAACAGCAACAAAAGCGGCAACAACGCCAAAAACGUAAACAGACACAGCAGCGUCAACAUCAGCAGGUUCAGAGUGAACCACUGCCACCACCAAGUCCGCUGCCGUCGCACAUCCCACCGUACAUGCCACCGCACAUCUCACCGCCCGCCCCACAGCACCAACCAUCGCCCAACCAGCGAACGCUGGAACUGCUGCAGUUGUGUUCGAUGGAACACCAAUACAGAAUGGAAGCGCUCCACCACCCUCACCCCCACCAACACCAUCACCACCUCCACCGUUCUCCACCUGCGUCGUUCGCCACGCCCUACUCCCAUCAGUAUAGCUCAACGGGUUUGCCAAUUGCACACGGCCCGUCGCAUCGCCCGUUUGAUGCGCCAGCUCCAUUGCCGCAACCGCCACCAUUCAUGCAGCGGUACGAUCCGGUGCGCCCGUCCCAGUCGUCGUCUUGCAUCCCGGACUCGGCACCGCAUCCGCCGGCACAGUCGGCCGGGGGUGGCGUACCCCCGUGGAUGCAAUCGGGGCUGGCACUGUCCUCAUCCAGCCCGGCACUCGGGCCACCAUUCGGCAAUGAGCGGGCAGCGUACAUGACACACCCAAUGCACUCCCAUCCCUCGCUGGAGGAGGCGCACGGCCUCUACCGGGCAGGAGAGAUGCACCAGAUGCAGUCGUCCUCUGGCUACUGGCAGAACUACGAGCGGCACCAGGCGCUCGCUCACUUUUGGCAGCACUCCAGAGCGAUGGAGCAAUUCCACGCGAACCAGAGUCUGUUCCGCCCGUGGAACUAUGGCCGGAUCAUCUCGGGCCGCCAUCCGCUGGAGGCGCCCAGCGCUACCGUGACGUCGGCAGAUGCCGGUGCCUUUGACUCGCUGCCGCCGCCCCCCACAAGCCACUACGUGUUUCCGUCGCCCGCCCAGAAUGCACCGCCGCAGAAGGCAGCUGCCGGCUACUCCGUACGGCGCUACCAUCAACCGGAAGCCAUCGUUUCGCCCGCCCUUCCUUCACAUCGUCACCAGGAGCCGGAAGCAGUCGCUGUACCUACCGACCAGCCACAACGCCACCAGGAGCCGGAAGCCGUCGCUGCCCCUGUCGAUGCUCCACCAGCAGUUCAUUGCUACCAGGAGCCGGAAGCCAUCGCUUCACCGGAAGUCGCCCAAUCUGUACAGCACCACGCAAUGCAGGAAAGUUUCAACGUGGAGCAGCCAAAUGCCAACACGGCCGUCAUUGAGCCGCUGACCGGCCCGUCCGCUGUCCCUGACGAUUGUCCCAUAGUGGUGAUCGAUGAUGAUGACGUGGCCGAACCGGUGCCGAACACAUCGAACGAGCAGGAACAACCGGUAUAUAAGGAACAACCGGCAUAUCAGGAACAUUCGGUAGAUCAGGAACAAUGGCCAGAUCAGGAACAAUGGCCAGAGGCUAGCUACCGCUCCGAGCAGGUGGGCAGCGGGGCGGAAGAUGUCUUUGCGCUGACACCCAAUCCGCCCCCGCCACCGUCCACUCCGCAAACCGACUACCAUGCUGAGCUGCCGAACGAUGACCUGUCGGCCCCACCGCCACCCUUAGUGUGCGGGCUUGAUCCAGAGCAACAGCAGAAGCAACCGCAGGAACAGCCGCAGGAGCAGCAUCAGGAGCAGCAGCAGAAUCGAUCGUCGCCGCACUAUGUCCGACCGGUCAGCUUCCUACAGCGCACCACUAGCAGACCGCUCAACUUCGAUGUACCAAAACCCUGCCAAACGGCAGUCGUCGCUCCAAUCUAUCAUGUACCACCACAGCAUCAGCAGCAGCAGCAGCAGCAACAACAUCAGCAGCAGGUUGCCGUAGAACGACAGCAAGAGGAGGAUGAACUAGGAGAAGAGGAAACCUUGUCUGAGCAAGGGGAAGAUGUGGAAGAGUCAGACGUGCAAGAGGAAGUUGAGGAUGAUGUGCAAGAGGAAGUUGAGGAUGAGGAAGAUGUGCAAGAGGAAGUUGAGAAUGAGGAAGCUGAGGAUGAGGAAGUUGAGGAUGAGGAAGAUGUGCAAGAGGAAGUUGAGAAUGAGGAAGCUGAGGAUGUUGAGGAUGAGGAAGUUGGGGAUGAAGAAGUUGUAGAUGAGGAAGUUGGGGAUGAGGAAGUUGGGGAUGAGGAAGUUGAGGAUGACGAAGUUGAGGAUGAGGAAGUUGAGGAUGAGGAAGUUGAGGAUGAGGAAGCUGAGGAUGUUGAGGAUGAGGAAGUUGGGGAUGAGGAAGUUGUAGAUGAGGAAGUUGGGGAUGAGGAAGUUGGGGAUGAGGAAGAUGAGCAUGAGGACGUUGAGGAUGAGGAAGUUGAGGAAGAAGAAGUUGAGGAAGAGGAUGAGGGGGAAAGGCAAGAAGUGCAACAGAACGAGGAAGGGUACGAUGGCCAGUCGGUGGAACGUAGUCCACAACCAGAGGAAACUGCAGGAAAUGCUGGUGCUGGCCAGCUAGGGAUGUCGCCCCUGCCCGAUGUGCAUCACUUAAUAUUCCCAGCACAUCCCACCACCUCGUACGAUGCCCACCACCACCACGUCUAUAUGCCCACCAUCUCGUACGAUGAGAUUCGGCCACGACAGCGUGGUACGUUGUAUGGUGCACCUGGGCCGUUCUCCUCGCCGGAGCGACAAAAUUGGGGUCCGUCAGAUGAGAUUCAUUACUGGGACCGCCGUCACUACCAGCAGCAGCGGGCUUUCGAUAGCACCUUCCUUUCCACCAACGAGGAGCACACCGAAACCGAUGCCGAAACCGGCAGCACCACCACGAACAGCCCGGAACGGCAGUACGAGGAGCCUUGCACGCCGAACGAUAUCGAGAAACAACCAUUCAUCCGGGACGAUGCCGAUGGCCAUCUGAUCUACCAGAUCGGUGAUAUCCUCCAUAACAGAUAUAAAAUACUUGCCACCCUCGGCGAGGGUACGUUUGGACGCGUCGUCAAGGUGAAGGACUUGGAGCGCAACCACGUCAUGGCGCUGAAGAUCAUCAAGAACGUGGAGAAGUAUCGUGACGCGGCCGAGCUGGAAAUUGGUGCGCUGGAAAAGAUCAUGCAGCUCGAUCCCAACCUGGAGCACUUGUGCGUGAAAAUGCUAGACUGGUUCGACUACCACGGCCAUACGUGUAUCGCUUUCGAGAUGCUUGGGCUGAGUGUUUUCGACUUCCUGAAAGACAACAACUACGAGCCAUAUCCGAUCGAGCACGUACGGCACAUCUCCUACCAGCUGUGCUACGCCGUCAAGUUCCUGCACGAGAGCCGCCUCACGCACACGGACCUGAAGCCGGAAAACAUACUGUUCGUCGACUCGGAGUACACCACCACGACGGUCCCACGCAAGAACCGCGAGGUGCGCCGCGUCAACUGUACCGAUAUUCGACUGAUCGAUUUUGGCAGCGCCACGUUUGACGACGAGCACCACAGCACCAUCGUCUCCACCCGGCACUAUCGCGCACCGGAAGUGAUCCUCGAGCUCGGCUGGUCGCAGCCCUGUGACGUUUGGUCGAUCGGCUGCAUCAUGUUCGAGCUGUAUCAGGGCGUAACGCUCUUCCCAACGCACGACAAUCGCGAACAUCUGGCCAUGAUGGAACGGAUCCUGGGCACCAUCCCUUACCGCAUGGCAAGGCAAACACGGUCCAAGUACUUCCGCUAUGGCAAGCUGGACUGGGACGAGAAGUCUUCCACCGGGCGGUACGUGCGGGACAACUGCAAGCCGCUCCAUCGAUGCGUCAUCACCGACAAGCCAGACCACCUGCAGCUGUUCGAUCUGAUUCGCAAGAUGCUGGAAUACGAACCCUCCAAGCGCAUCACACUGGACAAGGCUCUGCGGCAUCCGUUCUUCGCGAAGCUUCCCGCACACCAGCGCCUGCACGAGAAAUGUAAUGACAGCCCCGUCGGUGCCCACUCGUCCACCGCCAACGCUGAACGCGAGCGUUCGCACAGUCUGUCGCGAUGAAGGCGUCAUCUGUAGUAACACCACCAAACACCACCAAACACCAUACACACCAGCCAACAUCCUCACAGCCCACCCGAAACAAUGAGCAUCAUCCUGUAUCUGUUACUAGGGGCAAACGCCCGCCCUUCAUACAUCAAACGUCAUCGACAAGGCCAUGCGGGCAAAACGGGGGCCAUCCGUUUCCAUCCUGACAUUGCAAAAGCGCCCAUUUUUGUACCGCCUAGCAAACAAAUUACUACUAACCUUUUAAAAAAACAACAACAACGGAAGCCCCAGUGAAGGCUUCAGAGGUGUUUGUGUGAGUGUGUGUGUGUGCGUGUAUGUGUGUGUGAACGCCAAAUAUCGGAACGGUAGGGCCGGAGGGUAGAUUGAGGGUGUAAUUUUUCUGUCUUGUUUCUGUCGCCAAUAUGAACUUUAGUAGUAGACAUAUUAAUCAAUUUUUAAUUAAAACAAAACAAAAAAAAAACGAACAGCCCACGAACUGUGCCGUCAUUGUACUGUUCUCAAUAAGUGCGGUGCACACGUGCGAACGUGCUGUGCUAGGUUGUGGUAGGCAGAUAAUUGAUCGAAGUUAUUGCGCAGCGCUACUUAUUCCGCAUACGAUUGCCGAAUAGUAUCGAAACAUAUGAUAUUUGGGCGCAAUCGGGAGACAAGCGAGCUUGGCGCAAUUCGAGCACCACAAACUCGAAACGGUUUGCAGGUUGCCGAGCGAGCGGCAGAGCGCGUUAAUUGUAAAAUAAAACAACGGUCCCAAAUGCAGAUAUUAAUAGCGAAUUUAAUUGUGAACUGAACGUAAAAUGAAUAGGGUAAACUUUGCACAUCGGUUCGGCGCGUAGAUGCUCAACUCCACAUACUCCUCUUCCACAUAGCCUGACAUGUCGCGUCCAGAACCAGAACAAAGGCAACUUUCACAACCUACAGAGAGCGUGUGAGAUAUUGCGUAAUUUAAAUUAUAAAAAACGCGUGAUCGGUUAGGAGUUUUUUUUUUAAUUCUCGAUUUGUUUUUUUUUUUGAAUCAAAAACACUUCUUCGUUCUACAGACACACACACACACACACACACACACAGAGUCACACAAGGGAGUGGGAGGUGGAAGAAAAAGUAUGCGAUCUCGACCGGCACUAGCAAUCGAUAGUUUAAGUUUCGUUCUUUCUAUGUUUUAGCUAACCCCUGUUCGAUUCAUUACACAUAGCGCACAGUGUGUUCACACGUCCGUCAUCUGAAGUAGCGCUUUCACACUCACUUUCGACUACGUUUUGUCACAUGUAGUAUGUGUGUAUCGGUAUCGUUUCCCGCCUCACACGGGUUGAUUUUUUUUUCUUUCAUUAUUCAUUAAGCGAUAAACUCGUUGAUUUGCAAGCGAUUUUAUACCAUUCUGAUGCGAGAAUUUGUUUCUUUACCUUAGCCACACACUUACUGAAAAGGUUCUGUCUUUUUUUACCGUCUUUCUUUUUGUACAAAAAAAAAAAAACUAAACCCCACACCGAGCAGUCAUUGUGAAGGCAACGGAUCCGCGGCACCCGGAACCGGGAAGCAAGCCGCGACCGCCAAUGCCACUCGCGCUGCUGCCCAUAAUGGCACGCUGGCAGAAGGGCAGCAUUGGCUCAAAAGCCUAGAACGCAGUGAGGGGAGGGAAGGGUAUAGAUAACUGAAACGUCCCCACGACCGACAACCCACCCACCCACAACACAAAACAACCGCGAGUACCGGAAGCGAAAACAGCAACAACAACGUCCCUUAUGAAACACAACACACGCACACGCACAUUAUAUUGUGGUACAUACGCUGUAUGGAUGGAUGCUGUAUGAAGGCGGAUGACAUACAGGGAAUGGAAAACAACUGCAUCAACAAAAGCGUUAAUGUCGGAUAGCAAGCCGAUAGUAGUGUGGUGCCUGCCAAAUUCCACCGCCCGUAACACAUCGCGUUCCUCAGCACGCACCGGCGAGGGAUGUAUACACCCUACAUGUUCCUAUUGUUUAAGAGGAUGUUUUUUUUUUUUUGCUUGCUUGUAGAGAAAGGGUGUUAGAAAAGGUUUGUGCAAAGUUCGCCUAUCAUUUGUCUUCCCUAUAAGUGCGUGUGUGUACGUACGAGCGCGCACACACACACAUACACCCAUGACUUCCGAGCACGGUCGUUAUCCUUUAUCCUUUAGGGCAUUAAUUAUAAUUAGCACACGUGCAUCGAGCUUUGAAAAAAAGAAACAAUGGAAUGCAUUAGGAGCAAGGCAGAGACAAAACACACAACAGCGCCAUAAGGAGGGACAUGCCCGUAGGAAACGCUCAAUUGAGGAAAACAGGUGGAAAACAAGAGGGUUAGUAAACUAUUGUGGGAUGUCACUCGCUACCGUUACGAUGAGGAAAGCGGUCGGACAAGCCGAGGUGUGCCAUGAAUUCCAUAGUUGUCCCCCAUCCGCAGCUUAAAUCGAUGAAAGGGAAAGCAUCGACAGAUCGUGGCGUGUUAAAUAUAUUACAUAGCGUUUUGCUUACGGGAUUUGCUUUUCCGUUUGAAAUUCUCCAUGCUUUGCCUAGCUUGGUAUUUUCCUUUCUUUUUGUUGUCCAACUAUUUGUUUCUCACUCUUCCCUUUCCCUGAACCGAUUGGAGAUCGGUUUUCCCUAACGGCAACGGGGCAAAGUGUAGAUAAAGCGGUCCGUUUUUUUUGUUUUUUUUUUUU